AAGUUGAAAAUAGUAAAUUUUGUUUUCCUUUUUAUUUUAUGUAAUUUACUAGUUUAAAAGGGUUUUUCUAAAUGAUCUAAAAGUUGUGAAGCUUGAUUUUAACAAGAUGGCCGAGCUAACUUGCCUGACUUGUACGAACGCAACCGAACCACCGCUCUCGGUGGCUGUUAAAGAACAUGCCAAUGUUCAGGUUGCGUUAGGCAAAUACUUUUGGUUUACCGAAACCGAAACCCACAACAGCUUCCUGUGUCCGGGCUGCUGGCGUAAAAUUGAAGAUUUUCAUCACUUCUAUUGCGAAGUUGAGAGGGCACACGGCCAUUCAGCAGAGUACAAAAUACCCACCCAGUUCAUGGUGGUGAAAGAUGAACCACCGGGCGGCGGCGGGCUGGUGGAUGCUGCCAGUGCGCCACCAAGUGUACCGGAUGUGCUGGAAAUACUUGAACCACUGAAAUGCGAAACCGACAACGACGACGACAAAGACGGUGGUGUGAAAUCGGAUUCCAGUGAUGAUGAUGAUGAUGAUGAUGAUUAUCGUAAUGAUGAUGAGGCCAAAAGUGUAAAAUCAGAACCAACCUCGGAAGAUGAGAGUGAUCGUUCGACGAAUGCGGAAGAAGAGCGAAAACGCAGUAAGAAAAAGGUCGCAACAAGGAGUCGAACGAAAACCAUCUCAGAAGAUGAAUUGAUUGCCGAGCGGAUUGAGCUGAAGUGUGACACCUGCCUGCAAGCGUUCAGUUCGUUUGAUGAGCUGCAAAGGCACUCGCUGGAGGAGCACACAAAGCGCGCUUCCAUUUUUUGCUGUGAACUAAAGUUCUGCCGAAAGUAUCGACUGGUCGAUCAUCUUCGGCUCCAUGUGAAUCCGGAUGAGUUCAAGUGUCGCAAGUGCCCGAAACGUUUACCCAACAGCGAAGCGCUCAGUCGUCAUGAGAAGCAGCACCAAAAGAAGUGGCAUUGCGAGGAAUGUAACAAAUAUUAUUCGAGUAAAUGGGCCCUGAGGGUACACAACAGCACGUUCCACCCGGAACUGCUAGUGGAGGAGGUCAAAGCCGAAGAGGAGAUGUCGUUGGAGGACUCCAGCACCAACCAGGGAGGAAAAGAAGACUCAGAUAACGACUGCUCCGGGGACAACAACUUGCUCGUUGAGGAAGCACCGAAGAAAAAGCGUCGAAAACGUAACAGACCCACCAAGGGACCCCCGAGACCGGCGGAUUGGGCGAAAAAAGCCCAGCAACUGAUCGCCAAGUAUAUCAGUUUAGAGUGUGAGGUGUGCAGGCACAAAUUCGACACUUUCGAAGAGUUCGAACAGCAUGGCCAGUCGGAGCACGAAAGAAAGAUCUACGUGUACUGUUGUGAGUACAAAUUCUCCCGCAAGUGCCGCCUAAUGGACCACCUGCAGUAUCACGAAAAUCCAACCAAGUACCAGUGUCCGGUUUGCUCGAAGCAGUUCCAGAACAGCGAAUCGUUUAAGCGACACAAAGAUCUAUCGCACAAGGAGCAGAUGGAGAAAACGCUGCAGUGCAGUAUGUGUCCGAAAACGUUCGCCUUCACGCGGUCUUUGAAGUUGCACGAAAAGUACCACCAAAUGCUGAGCGAAAAGAAAUGGCACUGCCAAAGUUGUAACAAAUCGUUCGCUUGGGAGACGCUCCUGCGGCAUCACAAUCGCAUCAAACAUUCCGCCCGGGAGUUCGAACAUGUGUGCCACAUCUGUGCCAAGGGUUAUCAUACGGCGACUUCGUACCGGAUGCACAUCGCUUCGCACGAUGAAAACUACAAACGGGAAAAGGCACCGGAGGAGCUGGAACGGGUGCAGUGUACCGUUUGUGAGAGUUGGGUAUUCAAAAGAGGUUUACGAAAGCACAUGCGCAAUCAUACCGGUAGUAAGACGUGUGACUACUGCGGGCAAGUCUGCAAGAGCAUAGUAACCCUACAGUAUCACAUGGCUCAGCACAAAAAAGCCGAUUUGGCCUGUUCGGUUUGUGAGAAAACUUUCAAACGGGAAAUCAGUUUGAAGGAACACAUGGCCUCUCACACCGGGGAAGUGCUGUACACGUGCGACUUUUGCGGGAAAACGUUCAACUCGAAUGCCAAUUGGUCCGCGCACAGGAAAAAAGCACACCCGAAAGAGUGGCUGGAGGAUAAAAUGCGCAAAAAUCCCCAUUUACAGCUGGAGAAAGCUCCCCGGUUACCACCAUGGCCGAAGCCAGAGUAUUCCACUUAGAGGUUCCGAAUCUGCAGCCGAAUGGGAAAACACUGUCAACUCUCUGAACUCUACAUAUUGGAUAGUUUAGUUCAAAUGUACUAGAAACGCAAA